UUAAAAUUGUGACGAGGAUCGGCAACGAUGCAAGAAGUAAGCGUGUUUAUCGCCUUCUCAAAUCUAACCGAUAUCAACAGCAAAAGGAUCCGAUCUCAGGACAUGAAGAAAUUAUAUUUUGCAGCACCACUCUCGGAACCGUUAUCGUACCUGAACAAUCGGAGGUUUCCUGUGAUCAUGGAACAUUCCCAUAACAAGUUCAAAGGUGAAAACAGAGUGAAAUCUCUAUAUGCUGGAAUAUCAUGUCAUCGUAUUCAAGCAUGGAUCAAUAAUAAGGAGAAACACUUCAAACUAAAGCCGAAAAUUACCAACAAGGACGAGUUGAUCGAUGCAGAACAACCAAUGGAGAGAUUGCAAGUUGACCUAGUGAACAACCAAUGGAGAGAUUGCAAGUUGACCUAGUGGACAUUUCUGCAUCGACAUCCUGUUUCAAUAGUAGAACCUUCCCAUAUGUUCUAGCAGCUAUGGAUGUCUUUUCUCAAUUUCUUUUUUUACACCUCUCGUUAAUAAAGAACCGACAGAAAUAGUGGGCCCCGUUCAACAUAUCUUUCGUUUUUUUUAGCCGUCCAAAUUAUACACAGACAGAUCAAGGAAGCAAGUUUAAGCAAGUAAAGAGAGCUUUGUUUUCUUAGAUGGAAAUAUUUACAUAAAAGUGUACCUAUUAUAUGAAAUUAAUAAAAGAUAACAAACAAAAUAAAAUGUUGUUCCGUAUAAACAUGUUAUGCGAUAACAAGUGAAUACAGCUAUUACACGUUCCUGAGAAUAUGCAGAAGAAUCCGAAAGCUCUUGGUGUAUAUAUUUUUCAAAACUGUAUCAAUCCUGCAUGAAAGUUCAGAAAUCUGUUAAUUUUAUAUGUUUUGCAAAAUUAACAUAUAAACUUCCGGUUAUAGAUAAAGACGAAUAAAUUAGAAAAGGGUUAAAGAAAUUGUUUGAACAAAAUAUCAAAGUCACAAUUUUUUUCUUGGGAAAGUUGUUGAUAACUCCAGGUUUAAAAAAAUACUCGCAACAGUAAUCAUUG